AUGAAUCGUGGUGAAUGUGUUAAGUGGAAAAUAAAUGAUCAUGAUAUAAUAUUCUGGUGUGGUGAUAUGAAUUAUCGAGUUUCUCAACCUAAUGAACAAGUUCGUAAUGCAAUAAAUGAAUUCUCAACUGUUCCUCUACAAGAAAAAGAUCAAUUACGUUGUGAAAUGAAAUUAGAUCAUGUUUUUACUGGUUAUUAUGAGCCACCUAUUAAUUUUCUACCAACAUAUAAAUUUGAUAUAAAUACGGAUAAUUAUGAUACAAGUGAACAAAUACGUACAUCAUCAUGGGCUGAUCGUAUAUUAUAUCGUUCAAAACGUUUAAAAGUUCUUAAUGAUAAUCAAAAUGAAUUAAAAACAAUUCAAACAAUACAUUAUUCAUGUGCAACAAAUAUUAAAUUUAGUGAUCAUCGUCCAGUUAGUGGUUUAUAUUUAGUUGUUACUAAAUAUGAAUAUGAUGAAAAACGUUCAAAUCGUAUUCGUGACGAAUUAAUACGUGAAUUUGAUCGUAUAGAAAAUGAAUCAAUGCCAACAAUUAAAGUACAUCCACGACCUCCACAAAUUAUAUUUAAUCAUAUACGUUAUUUAGAUAAACCAAAUUAUUCAUUAACUAUUAAAAAUAUUGGUGAAUUGUACAUUGAUAUACUUAUUUUACAUGUUAAAAAUGGUGCUGAUACAUUUAUUACAUUAGAUAUAACAUUAGAUAAAGGUCCAUUUGGUUUAUCAUUAGAAAAAUAUCCAUGUACAUAUUAUGAUAAUGAAAAUAAAAAAAUAUAUUUAUCCAUAUGA